CAUUGAUAGGUGACACUGACUGCUGGCACUGAUAGGUGACACUGAAAGGCAGCUUAGAUGGGCACUGAUAUGUGGCAUUGAUGUGCACUGGUAGGCACUGAUAUGUGGCAUUGAUGUAGCACUGAUGGGCACUGGCAGGUGACAUUGAUGAGCGCUGACAACUGGCACUGAUGGACUCUGACAGGUGGCACUGCUGGGGCUACACAGAUCAUCAGGGGACACUGAUCAUCAUUGCCCUGAUGAUCACUGUCAGUGUGACAGCUCGUGAGAAGAGAAAUGCCGAUAACUGGCAUUUCCCUAUUUAUAUGCGAUCAGCUGUGAUUGGUGAUCUG